AUGACUGCUCUACAAAAACUAAGAUGGUUAACGCUUGAGUACAACUAUAUUGAAAUAUUACCCAAAUCAAUGGACAAGAUGGAGUCCCUGGUGCAUUGCAACUUGAGACAUAAUCAGAUCCGUGAAUUCCCUGCUUCUAUUAUGAAGUGUCCAGACCUGAUGUUUCUGCAGCUCAAUCAUAAUCUGAUAUCCACCAUGCCACCAAACUUUGACACCAGAUCUCUGACAAUGUUGGAAAUGAUCGACAUGCGGUUGAACCCCAUAUGUGAUAUGCCGCAUCCAGAAUACCCUCUGGUUCGGUUCAGCGAGGAAAUAACACCCAACCCUCAGCCAUCGGGCAGUAGGGUUCAUGCUACCCAAGCUUUGGCAGUCAAUGCAACGGCUUUGCGUUUGCCAGCUGUUCCAGCGCCGAGGCAUGGAGAUCCCGUAGUAUUGAAACCUGGGCCCGAGAUGGAUCUGGACGCUUCGUCCAUCGAGUCCUCUGAGGAUUGGGAGAACAGCGUGAACAGUUCGGAGCUGGACGUGCAGUACCAGAGCGAUGAAGAGCGUGCCGAGAACGAGGCUAUCGGGAUGGUGUUGCCAGAUCUAUCUCGAUACGCCUCAACGGCCAGC